AAAAGACGAACCAAUUACAUUUUCUUUUUUUUAAAAAUCGUUUUUGAUUUAGUCUUUGUCGAAAAAUAUUUUUCUGUUGAUUGGAUUCAUCUAUUUUUUUGGCCAAUUUAAACAAUCCUUUUAAGAAAUACGAACAAGAAAAUGUUGAUACAUCAUUUACAUCGAACAGGACGAUCAUUAGGUCGCCGGUCAUUGUCGAUCCUAUUACAACAACAACAACAACAACAAUUAAUUUCAAAUCGAUCUAUACAUAAUAAUCGAAUCUUUACACAAUCAUCAUCAAUUUUCCAAAAUGUACAACGACAAGCCGAUAAUGUUGUUCAAAUUGGCCAUCAACAUAAACGAUCUUUGGCUACGGCGGUUACGAAAAUGGAUUAUCUAAAUUAUUCCAUGACUGAUGAUGGAAUACUUAUCAUACGAUUGGAUGAACCAAAUUCCAAAGUCAAUAGUCUUGGUGAAGGAUUAAUGAAUGAUGCUGUCAAAUUAUUUAAUGAAAUUUUUCGAGGUGGAAUAACAACUAGAGGAAUUGUAUUGAUGUCAGCUAAAACAGAUUGUUUUGUUGCUGGUGCUGAUAUUAAAAUGUUGGAAAAAGUUAAAUCACAGGCCGAAGCCGAAGAUCUUGUACGUAAAGGACAUGAAUUUUUUAAUCAAAUAGAAGAAAGUCCGAUACCUAUUGUGGCAGCCAUUCAAGGAACUUGUAUGGGCGGUGGAUUAGAAUUGGCACUUGCAUGUCAUUAUCGUAUUGCUGUCAAUAAUAGUAAAACUGUAUUCUCAUUACCUGAAGUGAUGUUGGGCUUGUUGCCCGGUGGUGGUGGAACACAACGUGUACCACGGUUGAUUAACGUACCUGAUGCUCUACAAAUGAUGUUAAUGGCUAAAAACAUCAAGCCAAAAAAAGCCAAAUCACAAGGCCUGAUCGAUAUGUUGGUCGAUCCAUUAGGCCCAGGAGCCGAUUCACCUGAUAAACUCACAUUGGCUUAUCUGGAAGAAGUUGCCACUGGAAUUUGUCGACAAUUAGCUAACAAAGAGAUGAAAAUUGAACGCAAAAGACCAUUACAAGAACGUCUAUUUCGUGAAGCAAUGAAAGUCGGAUUUCUUCGUGAUAAAGUAUUGGGCAAAGCUCGUGAAAUGGUCAUGAAGCAAACAAAAGGCCUUUAUCCGGCACCAUUGAAAAUAAUCGAUUGUGUUGAUGCAGCUUUGACAAAACCAUUAGAUGAAGGACUUCGAUUCGAAGCAAAAUGUUUUGCUGAACUAACACAAACAACACAUAAUAAGGCUUUGAUUGGAUUGUUUUUCGGUCAAACCUUAUGUAAAAAGAAUCGUUUUGGAGCACCACAAAAACCAGCCGAGACAGUAGCCGUUUUGGGAGCUGGUUUAAUGGGUGCUGGCAUUGCUCAAGUCACUGCUGAUAAAGGUAUCACCACUUUAUUGAAAGAUACGUCUGAACAAGGUUUGCUUCGUGGUCAACAACAAAUUAUGCAAGCCUGGGAUACAAAAUAUAAACGUAAACAAAUUGAUUUGCUUACACGUGAAAUUUGGAUGUCGAAAUUGAUUCCUACAUUGGAUUAUGAUCAAUUCAAGAAAGUCGAUUUGGUCAUUGAAGCUGUGUUUGAAGAUCUUAAGGUCAAACACAAAGUCAUUCAAGAAGUUGAAGCAGUUACCCGUGAUGAUUGUGUGUUUGCAUCGAACACAUCAGCUCUUCCUAUUACAGAUAUUGCCAAGGGAAGUAAACGACCUGAACAGGUGAUUGGCAUGCAUUAUUUUUCUCCUGUAGACAAAAUGCAACUAUUAGAGGUCAUUACGACUGAUAAGACUUCCAAGGAAACUGUAGCCAAAGCCAUUGAUUUGGGUUUGAAACAAAAAAAGGUUGUCAUCACUGUUAAAGAUUGUCCCGGAUUUUACACUGUUCGAUGUUUGGGUCCAGUCAUGUCAGAAUUUUUAUUAUUAUUGCAAGAAGGUGUUUCACCUAAAGAAUUAGAUGAAAUUACAGCUAAUUUCGGUUUCCCAGUUGGUGGUGCUACAUUGACCGAUGAAGUUGGUAUUGAUGUUGCCGCUCAUGUUGCUUCAUAUUUAUCAUCAGUCUUCCCUGAACGUAUGUCCGGUGGUGAUCCUCGUUUGAUCCAGGAACUUGUUGCUAAAGGCUUCUUGGGUCGUAAAGCAGGCAAAGGAUUGUACAUUUAUGAUACUAAAAAAAGUAAAGGAAAAGGUCGUGAAAUGAAUCCUGGAGCAUUGGAAGUGAUCAAAAAAUUCAGUGUUGAACCGAAAUUAAAAUGUACACAAGACGACUAUCAACAACGUUUGGCUUUCCGUUUCACUAAUGAAGCCAUAAUGUGCCUUCAAGAAGGCAUCCUCGAUAAUCCGCUUGAAGGUGAUAUUGGAGCCGUAUUCGGUUUGGGUUUCCCUCCAUUCCACGGUGGACCAUUCCGUUUCACUGAUACAUAUGGCGCCCAACGUGUUGUCGAUGUUGGACAUCGUUUUACUGAAAUCUAUGGCCCACAAUAUAAACCAUGUCAAUUAUUGUUGGAUCAUGCCAAGAAUGGUACCAAAUUUCAUAAACCCAAUGUUUAAACAGGCAAAUGAAACACUGAUGAGGACUGCCGUUUUUCACCGAAUGCAAAACGAAAUGAGCAAUCCAUAAAUGAUUCG